AUGUUCCCUCCAUUCGACUACUUCACAUACCGUCGCAUCCGGGACCUCAAAAGAAGCGAACGGGCGGCCCGAUUCGCUUCCCUUGCUCCGGAAUACCAUGCGGCCUUCUCCGCUGUAGACAAGACUAUCAUUGAUAUGCCAAUCCAGGAGCUGGUAUACGAGGUCCAGAAUGACUCGCUAGCCCCCCUCGAUGUUCUCCGCACUUACGGUAAAGUCGCCGUCAAGGCACACGAGAAGACCAACUGCGUGACGGAGCUCCUCCUUCCCGAGGCAGAAUCGUGGGCGGAGUCUGAGGUCAACCUCCAGGGUCCCCUGGCGGGUGUGCCUAUCUCCCUGAAAGACUCCGUGCAGAUCAAGGGAUUCGACAUUACGCUGGGGUAUACCAAACUCGCCUGCAAGCCGUACGCGGAGGACGGUCCCAUGGCCAGAUUACUCAAGGACGCUGGCGCUGUCCCAUAUGCGAAGACCGCGCUGCCUGUGACACUUCUCUCGUUCGAGUCGGCAAAUGCUCUCUGGGGCCAUUGCCGCAACCCACAUGUUCCGGAAUACUCUCCGGGUGGCUCAACCGGUGGUGAAGGUGCGCUCCUGGCCCUCGGAGGUCGCAUUGGUAUUGGGUCCGAUGUUGCUGGCUCGGUUCGUGUGCCUGCUGCGUGGAGCGGUAUCUACUCCCUGCGCUGCAGCACCGGUCGCUGGCCCAAGGUUGGUGUCAAUACUAGCAUGGCUGGCCAAGAGGGUGUUGCUAGUGUGUUCAGCCCGAUGGCUCGCACUUUGAACGACCUCACGUACUUCACCAAGGCCAUUGUCGGUAUGAAGCCGUGGAACUACGACCACACCGUCCAUCCGAUCUCGUGGCGGGAAGACGAGGAGGUCGAGGCCAAGCACAAGACGCUGAGAAUCGGCGUCUUCAGCAAUGAUGGCGUGGUCCCCCCAACCCCGGCAAUUGAACGCGCGCUCUCCACCACGGUUGCUGCUCUCACCGCUGCCGGACAUACCGUCUCGGAAAUCACGCCGCCCGCCACAGCCGACCCCUUCACUGGCCUCGACCUGGCUUCCCAGCUCCUCAACUCCGACGGCUGCGUCACCUUUAACUCCCACCUGCACAGCUUCGAGCCCUCCGACCCCGGCGCAGAUCAACUCACGCGGAUCUGCAAUCUCCCGAGUCCUCUCCGCUACCUCUACUACCUCUGGGUUCGGUACAUCCGACGGGAUGCGAAGUGGGCAACCCUCAUCCGCGGCUUUGGACCCAAGUCGGCGGCUGAGCUCUGGCGACUCACCGCGAGGCGCGAAACCUUCCGGGCUACCUGGCACAGCUGGUGGGAUGCCGAGCCGCAGCAGUACGACUUCAUCCUGUGCCCCGUCAACGCUACCCCGGCUCUCCCGCACAAGGCCAUGCACGACGCUGUCUCGUCAUGCGGGUACACGUUCCUCUGGAAUCUUCUGGACUACGUGGCGGGUGUGCUGCCAGUGUCUCACGUGGACGCCAAGAAAGACGCGCUUUCCGGUCCAUACAAGACGGUGCUGAAGCAGCUCGGGGCCAACAACGCGAUCGCCAAGGGCGCGUGGAUGCACUACAACGCGACGAAGAUGGCGGGACUCCCCACGGCGGUCCAGGUGGUGGGGCGGAGAUGGCAGGAAGAGAAGGUGCUCGGGUACAUGGCAGCGGUCGAAGACGCGUUGGAACAGUAUCGGGACCCGGUAACUGGCGAGGGAGGAAAAUACCCGUUGAUUGAGCUAGACUGA